AUGGUAUACUUUGAAAGAACUGUGGGGUGUGGACCAGGAAGGCACUUCCUGGGAACUGCUGCUCAGUUACAGAGCCUUUAUCAUUUCAAGCAUUCUGCAACACGCCAAAAACACAAAAUGGAAGGGCUCCUGAAUACAGAAGAGUUUUGUUGUCCAAUUUGCCUGGAUUUGCUGAAAGAUCCAGUGGCGGUUCCAUGUGGCCACAGUUACUGCAUGGGAUGUAUUGAUGACUACUGGAACAAAAGUAAAGAAGUUAUUGGCUGUCCCCAGUGCGGACAGACAUUUAACCCCAGGCCGAUUCUGAAUAGAAACACCCUACUGGCAGAGAUGGUGGAGAAGAUGAAGAAACUGGAACUGUUAGAGGACUCUCAAAUUUACAGCAACUACAUGCCAGGUGAUGUAGCAUGUGAUUACUGCACAAGCAGCAAGCAAAAGGCUAUAAAGUCUUGUUUGGUAUGUUUGGCAUCUUAUUGUCCAAAUCACCUGCAACCACACUACAAAUCUCCAGCAAUGAAGAAACACAAGCUGAUUGAAGCCUCAGUGAACCUACAGGAGAAGAUUUGUCUUAAUCAUGACAAAUAUUUGGAAAUGUACUGUAGAACUGAUCAACAGUGUAUCUGUCUUUUGUGUGUAAUGGAUGACCACAAAGGUCACGAUACAGUGUCAGCUGCUUCAGAAAGCGCAAAGAAACAGAAAGACCUAGAGAUGACGAGACUAAAAUACAAGCUAAAAAUCCACACGAAAGAGAAGGAAUUACUAGAGCUCAAACAGGCUGCAGGCUCCUUGAAGAUCUCUGCACAGGCUGCUUUGGAAAAUGGUGAGCAGAUCUUCAUUGAACUGAUACAGUCUAUUAAGAGGAGGAGGUGUAAAUUUAGAGAUCUGAUCAGAGAUCAAGAAAGAGUAGCGGAGAGCAUGCUGCAGACUCUAGAGCAGGACAUCACGGAGCUCAAACAGAGGGAUCAAGAGCUGGAGUUACUUCUGAAGUCUGAUGAUCAGGUUCAUGUUCUCCAGAACUGUCAUUCCUUCUCCUCUUCUCGGCUCCAUGAUCCACCUUUUACACUAGCACCACUCUCAGAUUUUGGGAAGGUGAACGAUGCAAUAUCUGGAUUCAGGAAGAAGUUUGUAGAUGUCUUCAAAGGAGAAUGGCUCAGGAUCUAUCAAGCAGUUAAAUCAAUGAAGGUCCUCCACUGCACAGUGCCCAAAAUUAGAUCAGAGUUUCUGCACCAUUCCUGUCUCCUGCAACUCAAUCCCCUCACAGCCCAUAAGGACCUUAUUUUAUCAAAGGAGAACAGAGAAGUGACCGUUCGGAGCAGAGAGCAAUCUUGUCCCGACCACCCUGAGCGCUUUGAUUACUGGUGCCAGGUGCUGGGCACUGAGGGCUUGACAGGCUGCAGCUAUUGGGAAGUGGAAUGGAGCGGUAUGGGAGCAAACAUUGCUGUUGCAUACAAAAAUGUAGCCAGGAAAGGGGAAAGCAGUGAAGCUCACUUCGGUCACAACGACAAAUCCUGGAGUUUGUUCUGCUAUAGGAAAGGUUAUGCUUUCUGGCACAAUGGGAUUGUCAGUAAGAUCUCUGAGCCUGGCUCGUCAAAGAUCGGCGUGUAUGUAGAUCAUAGGGCAGGGACACUGGCCUUUUACAGCGUUGGUGACACAAUGAUCCUCCUCCACAGAGUUCAGACCACAUUCACAUAUCCUCUUUACCCUGGCUUUGAAUUUUCAUGUUAUGGAGCCUUGAUAAAGUUGUGUCAGUUGGAGUAAUGGAAAUGGGGUAUUUGG